AUGGAUACAUUGGAAAAACAAUUAGCAGACCUACAAAUGGCAACUAUAGUCAAUACAUCAAGCAAAGUGAAAAAGGUACCUCCUGCCAUACCACCUAAAAAGAAGGCACAACCUCAGGUUCCUUACAGCACAUUGGUAACUAACAUUCAAGAGCCAUCAUAUUCAAAGAUGAUAUACUCUAAAAAUAAUGAUUCGUCUACAUACAAUAAUUCUCCAGGAAAUAAUCGGUCUGCGAUUUAUGCUAAUAUAAACCAUUGCGAAGGAAACCGUCCUAGUCAUCUUCAGAAAUAUAAUGUGCCAAUGAUAUCUGCAAGCAAAAAUGUUACAUAUGGUAAUAUACCACAGUUUCGAAGAAGUGACGAUGACUUACCUCCUCCGCCACCGCCACCGCCACCAUCUCACUUGAUUUUGUCCCAACCAAAACCUUCCACAACCAAGCAGUUAAAUGACGAUUUACUACCUCCGCCCUCACCAGUCAGUUCUAACUAUAGUGAGUUAGUCCGUGCUACUACGAAUUUAAGUUUUAAUCAAGACCGGGCAUUUCCUCCUACAUAUCAAAAUGAAUAUCCAGAGUAUGGAGUUUCACAGUCAUCAACAUAUGAAUCACUCUAUGAACCAAUCAAUCCUCAUCCACUUUCAAAAAGUUCUAAAGAAGUAACUAGCAUUCCAAAUUAUCAAAAUAAUAUGCCCAGUCCAAGUUUGCGUAAAGAAGAAGAGGUUGAUGCUCUUACAAACCUUUUGGUACAAUCAAUAUCAGACAGUCAGGACUUGGACGUUUUUGGAGUUUGUGUGAAAUGCAAUGAGAAAGUCAUUGGUGAAGGUUCAGGUUGCACUGCUAUGGGAAAUAUGUAUCAUGUGAAAUGUUUUUCGUGCUGUAGAUGUUACAUAAAUUUACAAGGCAAGACGUUUCAUGCUGUAGAAGGACAACCAUAUUGUGAAAAGGAUUACUAUGAAAGUCUGGAAAAAUGUUCAGUAUGCGACAAUCCUAUUUUAGAUAGGAUUCUACGUGCAACUGGUAAUCCCUAUCAUCCGUCCUGUUUCACUUGCAUAGUUUGUGGAAAGAGCCUCGACGGAAUACCUUUUACAGUUGAUGCAAUGAAUCAAAUUCAUUGUAUAGAAGAUUUUCAUCGUAAAUUCGCACCUCGCUGUUGCGUAUGUGAACUUCCUAUAAUGCCAGAAAGUGGAGAAGAGGAAACUGUAAGAGUUGUAGCUUUAGAUCGCAGUUUUCAUGUACGCUGUUAUUGCUGUGAAGACUGCGGGCUUUUACUAUCAUCUGAAGCUGAAGGUCGCGGGUGUUACCCGUUGGACGACCAUAUUCUUUGCAAAGAAUGUAAUGCUCAUCGCAUUCGCCUUCUAACAAACGUUAUGACUACUGAUCUUUAA